CCACCCCCUUUUUUGCGGCUGGUUAGCAGCCAGUUCAUAACGCGCUCCUUUCCAAUCAUGGAAGUCCCUUAUAACCUCGAUUCGGCCAUCGAGGCCUUUUUCCAUGCUAAUACCACCGCCACGAGACAGCAAUGCGACAAUUUCGCCCGCGUUCAUGGAGGGUCCCCGGUCAAGCCCGUCCAGCUUCAAGGAAUGUUCAGCUAUACUGUCCUCGUUGGCACGGAUAAAAUCUUCCAAUUUCGGUUUUCCAAUUCCCAGAUCGAUAUUGAGCUCUUGAGUCUAGCCGCGACCAUUCACGGGGCAAUUAUUCCGGCUUGCACGUACCAUGGAAUCAUUGGAGAGUCGCAACCCCUUUGUAUUUACGAGAUGAACAAUCUCGCGGGCGUCCCUUACAUUAUGGCGCAAGAUACAUCCAUUCCUCAGCCACCCGAAACAGUGAGAUUGAAGGAACAAACAGUCCGAGACUUUGCAAAGUUCUUUGCCCAGGGCUGGAACAACCCCCAGCGGAGGAAUCCGGACACCCUCACUGCCCUAUCCACCGAGUUCGGGAGCGCAUUUGACCGCCUCGCCGAAUCCCUCCCGCCGCGCUUCACUCCGGUCCUCGCCAAAGUCAAACAAGACCUCCCCUCUCUUUUUGCGAGGGGCGAUCUUCCCCUCGUCUUGACACACGGCGAUCUCUGCGAGAUGAAUAUUCUCGUCGACCGCCUGUCCGGUAAGCUGACGGGCGUAAUCGACUGGGCCGAGGCGCGGGUCCUGCCCUUUGGUUUUGCCUUGUAUGGACUGGAGAACUUGUUGGGGUACAUGGAUUCCAAGGGGUGGCAUUACUACGACAACGCGCAGCAGCUCCGCCGCCUGUUUUGGGGGGGGUUUCGGAAGGAGACCGGUGAUAUGAUUUCGGACGCCGCGUUCCGGACGAUCGAGACGGCGAGAAUGGCGGGGCUCUUUUACCGGUAUGGGCUCGUCCAUGAUGGCACCGCCGUGCUUGGCGUCGUUGGCCCACAGAGCUCUUCGUUGAAGUACUUGGAUGCAUUUUGUAAUUUGGAUGGCUGGGUGCAGGCAGACUAAGGCCGGCAUGGAGUCAAGACACCUGACUACCAACCUGUGGUUUGUGGUUUCGGCGAAACGUGUGUCAUUUCAGAUCUUUUCUUCGCUUUGUACAGUCGCAUCACUAGCUACCCUUUCAACUUGGUUGGUGUUAAAACUGGGUAUUGCGAGACUUAGACACAACUCAUGCUAUAGUUAUACAAGGUCAAUCAGGUAGCUUCUCU